AUGACGGCUUCAACCGCAUUGUUGAAGAUAGUAGACCCAAAAAAUUAUUACGAGAGCUAUUUAUCUGCUGGCGUAUAUCCUGAAGGGCGUUCACUCCGAUCCUUCCCCAGGCUUUCUUUCAAGGUUUCGUUUUAUCCUAUAUUUCCCAAAAUAUAAGAAUUUCUUCUAGCAAGGAGAAUGUGGAGGAGUUGGGUCGUCUUUAGUCAGCAGUGGUGGUGUAACUGUUUCCUGCUCGAUUGAAGCUUCAGUAUCUCUGUGCAAUGAUUUACGUCUCAUAACUGCAUCCGUUGCGCCGACAACUCAACUCAGCGAGGUAUUUCUCUUUGAAAGUUUUCUCAAGGUCAUAAAUUUUUCAUUAAUAUCUUUUUAUGAGGUUUUCUAGCUUUUUUUUUCCUACCAAUAUGUAAUAUUUAAAAAUGAUUACCGAGCCUGACGAAAUGAUAAAAUGAGUAAUUUAAAAAACUUCGUCCUUGGAAUAAUUUUAAGCUGUCAAGUGCCUCAAUGAAAGUCUUGGAAGAGUGUUUUUUUGAAGAAAGAGUCGAACGAAAUAACGUCUUGUUUGAUACGACUUCUCGAUCAAGGCUCCUUCGUCUCCAAAGAGGCUUUGCGUUGUAAAAACGUCGAUGGGGAAGAUCUACCGUUGACUUGGAAUUUGGAAGUCGUCAUCAAGAUUAUGAGCGCGGAUGGUUGUCUCAUGGACGCAAUUAUCGUUAGUUUUUCUGUCUUUGCUCUAACUUCCAGUUUUGCAGUGUUCCGUAGUCACAGCUCUCCGCAACGUGAAGCUUCCCCUAAUUAGAUUAAAUCACCUUCUGGAAGACGAAUCAUCAAUAGAAAAGAAUCAAAUUUUGAUUGAGCGACAGGUUUUUUUUUCCUAAUUCCAAUUUUUCUUUUUACGUUUGCAGAGUGUUUCUCUGAAUGAUGUACACGUUCUCAUGUGCUGCACUUUUGGACUUUUCCUAACGAAAGCUGGAGAAGAAGUAUGGAAAAAAUUGCAUUGGAAUUUUUAUAUUGUAAAAUUAGAUUGUUCUUUGUGCUCCGAAUUCGGACGAGUUGAACAAUUGUGCGGCCAAAUACGUGAUGAUUGUCAGUGGAGAAGAAGAAAUCGUCCUGUUGACAGGAAAUGGAUCCAGCAAAGUUUUUGAUAAUUUAAGAGUUGGUUCCUUCAAAUUACAAAAAGAAUCAUCUAUUUUUAGAUUUUCAACAGCAUUUGCUCGAAAAGAUGGAAGCUUUUCAAAGAUGCCCUCGAUAAACCUUCAUAA